AAAAGUGGCUAUUUACCGGGUCCUUGGCUAAGUUAUGAGAUAAUACGAAAUGGUGAUAAGAGUGGCACCGUGCUCAGGUGGUGGAGUGGCCAGAGGCUUCAGACAGUGACGGCAAUAGUGGUGAUGUGUCGCUCGUUCUCCCUCGGAUAAUAUGGUGUAAUCUCUGGGCGUGAGACAACAUCCAGCCACGUAAUCAGAGAGAGGAAGGUUGUGUAUACUGGCGAACGAGAGUCGCAGCGCUGCAGCCAUACAGUCAUCCCCGCCUUGCAGUCGUCCCGGGAAGGCCACCCUGAUGUAGCUGUACGCGACUCUUAUUGAAUAUCACUCCCUGCUUCGAUAUUACCAACGUAACACCACCUCAGAUCGCUGAUAGUGUGCGGUGUGUGCGCCUGUGCGUGUUCGAAAUAAGUGGAUAUAUAAGUGACUUAUCAGUGCCGAUGUGAUGUGAUAAAUGUACACGUGAAGGCUGGCGCCAAGUACCUCAGGCCACAAUGCAAUCUCUCCGCUCUUCCAUUGUAGAGCUGAAGGGUCUGAGGUACACGAGGCAGGAUCUGUGCUUCGGCAAGUACUUCAAGGCUGUAAAUAGAAUCGGAACAAACGUACUGAAGUGCUCAUUCAAACUCAUAUACCAGAGCCUUGAGAGCGAGAGCAACAAUGGCAACAUGUCCAUUCGGAAUUAUUGUCUGUCUCAGCUGAACUGGUCCAGCAGCACUUACAAUAAAACUUUUAAUGUUGCUGAAAGGCAAAUACUGAAUGUGUCACCGGCUAGUGACAAGUUUGUAUGUGAUGUUUCGUUGUGGUUCAAGCUACUCACUCAUGUUCUUGGUACGUAUGUGGAACCCAUCAAGAAGGGCAUUCGGGAAUUGAAGAAUUUGAGGAAUGCAGUUUGCCACGAAGAGCUACAAAUGGACGAGCAAGAGCUACUGCAACGGUUAAUGAAGCUUGGCGAACUGUGUCGAGAAAUCCUGGAGGGCGCUCGGUCACUGGUUGAAGGUGAAUCGAGAACUUCUAUGAACAACAUGAUUGCUGAAGUGGAAGCUGUUCUGCGGGACCUUCCGUCGAAACUAGAGUCCGAAGAUAUAAACUCACAUCUCGAGGACUUGGAUGAGUUCCGGCAAAAGAAGACUUCCAAGAUGAUCAGCGAGGGAAGGAAGGAAUUAAUGGCUAAUUACUUAAGAAGGAAGAUUCUCAAUCCAUGUCCGUGGCUCAAUGACAGUUGCUUUUCGGACUUUACCGUAGAAAGCACCUUCACCUCACUUAAGCUGCAGGAAAGUGGAGCCGUGGUGCCCAUGAAUGACAUAAUCAAUAUGUCUGAGCUGAAGCACCGAUUUGUGCCGCAGUUGGUGAUUGUGAGUGGGGUGAUGGGAGCUGGAAAGACCUCUCUCUACCGCUAUCUCCUCCACCAGUGGUGCAGCCACUCGUCCACGGUGACAGGUCUCGCUGCAGUGGAUAUUGUCAUCGGCUUGGAGAUGAGAUGGCUUACUAGCGGAUCACUUGCACAGUUCCUUAGAGAACAGCUACUGAAAAACACGUCCAGACUGUUCACUGAGAGUGAUAUCAUCCCUGUGCUGCAGGAAAUUAAUGUUCUGUUCGUCAUUGAUGGCAUGGACGAAGCCACGAGCCUCGGGCGUGCCGUGUUGAAGGAAGUUAUUACGAAGUUUACCAACAGCACAAUUAUAGUGACAACAAGACCAGAAUUUACCCUAGAACUAAUGAAAAUGGUUGAAGAACAUGUCGUCCUUCAUAUAGAAGGCUUUACUCUAGAAAAUCAGAAGAACUUUGUCAACAAAGUAUUUGCCAUCAAGUAUCCUGAUAAAAGGCGCUUCAUAAAGGAGGCGAGAUCAUUCCUGGCCUACAAGAACAAUGUGUGUGCUUCUCUCAGCACGCACCUGUCUCUACCCCUUAACCUCGCCCUCUUGGUGGUGUUGUGGUGUGAUGAUUACCUCAAAGUUACUGUUGUCAACACCACCACGCGACUGUACUCUAAGAUAUACGAGAUUUCGGAGCAAAAGCUGACGCAGCGGCUGGAGAGAGGCGGAGUUGGUCACAGCGUCACAGUUAGUUUGAAGGUCCGUCGCUGCCUCAUAGAGCUGGGUCGGGUCGCCUGGACCAUGAUGCUUAAAGAGAGUCUUUGCCUCACUCAGGAACUCACUGUUGACCUCAUGGAGUUCUGUGAGAGGGAAGGUCUUGACCCAAUCCAAGUGCUUUCCACUUUCCUGAACUCUGAGACCAAAGAGACGCUGACGGCCUCCGUGUGCAACUUCUCCUUCCACCACAGCUCCAGCGAGGAGUUCCUAGCGGCCUUGUAUGUCUGUGAGGAGGUAGUGAAGACAGGCUCUCUCUUUCCUUUGCUAAAAGACAUCAACACGCCAAGGUUUCAGGAGGUAAUUAUGUACACCACAGGACUUUUGAAACUAAAAGGAGCUCUCACACCUUCAUUGGUCACAGAGAUCAAGGCGGUCUUGUGUCGUUGUAUCCAGGCGCAGAUCAGUGACCCACAGGUGUUACACCGACUGAUACUGGAAGCUGACGGGGAUGUUGCAGUCUGCGAGAUGGUCAGUUCCAUUAUCAGGGCGGGGGACUUAUGGGUCAUAAACUCUUGGGAUCCUUUAGAACUGAUAGAAGCCAAGAGAAAUCUGAUGAAGCAGACCCGUGCUGCUCCUUCACAGGUGGACAUCUACACGCAAUAUACAAAGAAGUUGACGGAUUGCACCGAACUUGAAGAUAUAAUUAAGUUGUUGGGGAAGAUGAAUGGAACAAAAGUGAGAGUCUUCGUUGAGCACCAGUUCCACACCGUUGGGGAAAAGAUCCAAAAUGACAACCUCCUAGUGCCACUCUUGACCAACAACAUUCUACUGGAGUUUGUGGGUCACGCAGAUCCUGCCUUCUCGUCUGAGAUGGUCCAUGCCACGACACUUCAGUCCCUCAGUGUCAGAAUUACGUCCCUGGAGGCUCUGGUGCAAAUGAGUCUCAGCAUCAAGAAGCACAGGCUUUCGAAGGUUUUAUUCAUGCCCUCCAGGAAAUGGUCCCUCAAGUAUCUUGAGGUAUUCCUAGAUAUCAGUCAUACUGUAUCUCCGUCCGAUCUCUCAUCUCUGCACUUCAGAAAUACACUGGUACUCAAGCUUGCAGGAGUGACUGAUGAGGAAGCCAGGUGGGCGGGGCAGGUGGUGAAAAAACUGAAUGGACACUAUGAAUGUGUAACUCUUCAGACGUCCUACCUUUCUCAAAAAGGUCUCAAACAAUUCUUGAAGGUAACUGAGGGUGUGAAGAUCAAAGUGUUGCGUGUGAUGUCAUAUAAGCGGAACUUGGAGGAAGUGGCCUGUGAUGGCUUCGGCAGGCGAGGCACGAGAGUGGAGAUGGGAAUUCUUUAGAUUGUGAAAGGACCAUUGUUAUGGGACUGGAACUUGGGGCGAUAUAUGAAUGAAUAAAUAAAUAUACUUUUUUAUAA